ACAGCACAGAUUCCAUUUAACCAUUUUCUACUACAGUGAUCACUACUGUCAAUGCUUAAGCUGGAAACUUGUGGCUUGUUACGGCUUCUAUCUUGCUCUGACAUGUCACUGUUUUUUCAGGUGACCUCGCUCCCAGACGCUUUAUUUUGAAAGAGGAAGCGGCUACAGCGGCAGCAACUUGACACUUCCUCCACCUGCGAGUCCCAUCAGCUCCGACCACAGAGAGGACGAGACGGCGGAGAGAGCCGGGGGGAGCGAGGGGAGCGUGCGGAGGAGCGCAGGUCUGCGGCCGUGACACCUUGAACUGCUGUGGCUGCGUGGAGCAGCGUCUGCGGCUGCGAGCGACCGCCUGUGCGCCUCGCACGGCUCCGGAACCGCCGGGAAGAGCCGUUCGGGAGCAGGAGGUGGAGGGGGUGGAGGAGGGGGGCGCUGCUGGACUACUACACCACACAAAGCCCAGCGGACGGAGCUGCUCUGCUCUGCUCAGCCCGGGCCUGGCUGCGGGUCGCGGAUUCACGCAGCGUCGCCUCCAACUUGUCUUAAAUGUUGGAGGAGAUUCGGCGGAACAGCGGGACCAGAAGCGGCGGCGCAGCGGCGGCCGCCUCCGACUAGAGGCGGCAUGAGUGUGUCCUGGCUCCCUGCACUUCUGCUGGGAACUUUGUGUGCAGGACUGGGCCAUGGGGAGGUCGACACCAGAGAAUGUCUGUACUACAAUGUAAACUACGAGUUGGAGAAGACGAACCGGAGCGGGGUGGAGCGCUGCGAGGGUGACAGCGACAAGCGCUCCCACUGCUACGCCUCCUGGAGGAACAUCUCAGGUUCCAUCGAGCUGGUGAAGAAGGGCUGCUGGCUGGACGACUUCAACUGCUACGACCGUCAGGAGUGUGUGGCCACGGAGGAGAAUCCUCAGGUUUUCUUUUGCUGCUGUGAGGGAAACUUCUGCAAUGAGCGCUUCACACACCUUCCUGAUGCCAACGAACCACUGAUCAAAGCCCCACCCCCCGGUGUCGCUGUGUUGAAUGUGAUGAUCUACUGUCUCCUGCCCGUCACCCUGCUGUGUGCGGUUCUGCUGGCGGCGGUCUGGAUGUACCGGCACCGCAAGCCUCCGUACGGACACGUGGACGUCACCGAGGAUCUCGGCCCGGCUCCCGCCUCCCCCCUGCUGGGACUCAAGCCCCUGCAGUUGCUGGAGGUGAAGGCCAGGGGGCGCUUCGGCUGCGUGUGGAAAGCUCAGAUGAUAAACGAAUACGUGGCUGUGAAGAUCUUCCCCGUGCAGAACAAAGAGUCGUGGCAGAACGAGCGCGACGUGUUCAUGACUCCCGGUAUGAGGCACGAGAACAUCCUGCGCUUCAUCGCUGCAGAGAAGCGAGGAAGUCACCUGGAGGCCGAGCUGUGGCUCAUCACAGAGUUCCACGACAGGGGCUCUCUCACAGACUUCCUGAAGGGGAACGUGGUCAGCUGGUCUGAGCUGUGCCACAUAGCUGAGUCCAUGGCCCGCGGGCUGGCGUACCUUCACGAGGACGUCCCUCGGCAGAAAGACCACGGACCCAAACCAGCCAUCGCUCACAGGGAUUUCAAGAGUAAGAACAUCAUGUUGCGCUCUGACCUCACAGCUGUGAUCGGGGACUUUGGACUCGCUGUUUGCUUCGAGCCCGGGAAACCACCUGGAGAGACGCACGGGCAGGUAGGAACCAGGCGAUACAUGGCUCCGGAGGUUUUAGAAGGAGCCAUCAACUUCCAGCGAGAUUCCUUCCUCCGGAUCGACAUGUACGCCCUGGGCCUGGUUCUGUGGGAGCUGGUGUCCCGCUGCAAGGCUGCAGACGGUCCGGUGGACGAGUACAUGCUGCCGUUUGAGGAGGAGGUGGGUCAGCACCCAUCGCUGGAGGACCUGCAGGACGUCAUAGUCCACAAAAAGAUGAGGCCGAGCUUCAAAGAUCUCUGGCUCAAACACAGCGGUCUGGCUCUGGUCUGUGAGACGGUGGAGGAGUGCUGGGACCACGACGCCGAGGCCCGGCUGUCAGCCGGCUGUGUAGAGGAGCGGAUCUCCCAGGUCCGCCGCCUCACCACUACCAUCGCUCCGCCUACCUCUGACCGCCACGCCCUGCUGGUGUCCACGGUGCAACCCGUUACUAUGGUAACCAACGUGGACCUUCCACCCAAAGAGUCCAGUACAUGAGGAGGAAGCCUGUGGAAACAGACUGAUGCAUCAUUUUUCUCAGUGGAUCUGAUGAAGCAGCUGCUGCUCUGUCUCUAGGACUCUUUCUCCAUGUUUGGUCCUUUUUGGACCAAUCUUACCAGCGUACAUCCUCAUUUCCUUCCGUUUUCCCGCCAUCGAGUCAUUUGGCUCUUUUGUUUUUUUUUAAACUGAGUGUUUUUAUAACUAUUAAACCCGACACGGACUCAGUGAAUGCUCACAAGGUACCUCAGCGACAGCUUUCGUUACUCGCAAAUUUUUUAACAUUUCCCUUAUGCAUUCUUCCGUCUGCCAUCUCCUAGCAACCACCAGGUCCCUGGGAAGAUGUUUCUUUAAAUGAUGCUGCAAACCCGCGUACGAACACGGUGACUGUUAUUCAUCAAAUGUUGAAACAUUUCCAAUAUUCAUGUUUUCUCUUUUCUUUCGUGACCUACUCGCUCUUCACACAACAAACCUUCGGAUCCAACGGGUUGUAUCCAAACGGAUGGGAAGGAAUGAAGGCAGGCAGAGAGAACCAGAAGCCAGUUGUACGGUGAACGUGCUUCCUCUGUGUUUUGGGUCAGCUGUUAUAAUUUGAGGUUGUAGACUGAUAGAAGUCAAGUGAGAUUGGUUUUCAGGACCAAGGAGGGAAACCUCUUGCAUGCUGCUCAACCACAGUAUUCUGGUUGGCUCAGAAACCUUCUCAGGUAACCAGGUCUGCACAGGUUGGGGGUUGGUGGACGGAGGCUUCAACUCCUUCCAUCUGUCCUGAACCCCAAACGGGCGACAUGCGUUACUCUCCAAACAGUGCAUGGAGGGAUGUAUGCAUUCAGGUCAGUGUGUGCGAGUCACAUCAUGUGACUUUUUAUUUAGAUUUUCUACUGUACGAGCUAAUUGUUUUUACUAUUACCUGGAAACAAGUACCUGUGACCUUUGACCUUUUGACUUAACUCCACUCGGCGUCGGUUUGGUAAAAUGAAUUUGGUCUUCACGCUGUGCUGUUUGCAGGGGUCAAAGGUCACCUCUCAUGCUGAGUUAAGCCUGCUCUGAUUCAUUUUCUCUCUCGACACUGUUCGUGAAUAAAUCGGACCUGAUUGGAACAAAGUCUGUCAAACAUCAACGUUCAGAUUAUUGCCACUGUUACGUGGAGCUCAGCGGAUAGAAACACCUCAGGAACACUUACCAGUCCAGAACCUGUGGCAGCUUGUGCUUCUUCAGUUUUUGUGUCUAAAGAGAAGGGGAAGCAGCAGCAAUAGCUUUGAAAACACCCGUUUGAUUUUCCUCCUUCAACGGGACCAAACCCAGGGCAUCUCUCAGUUGCUAUGGAAACCGCUCAACGUCACUUCUGUUUGUGUUAUUCCGUCUUUGAGGCCAUGAAACAGUGAAUGUCGAUGAUGAUGAUGAUGCUGCUGGUGAUGAAGAUGAUUAUUACUCAAAGAUAAAUCUAUUUCUGUAUUUUCCUUUUUGAUGUUUUACUUUUGGUGCAUUAUAUACACAACUCAGAAGAGUUGUUUAAAGCAGAACUGCUCAUGAACCACGGGUCACCUCAGUACCACUGAUACCUCAGACUUUUCUACGUCUUAGUUCUCUUAUAUUUUCUUAGUUGUGUUGACACCUGUAGUAACAUAGUAUUGUGAUAAUUCUUUUUUUACUCUUUAAUUGAAGAAUUGAUGUUGCUGCCGGGUCCCAGCUCUUUGUACAUGGACAGGGCUGGACUUCCUCCACUCGUCUUCCACUCAUCCAGUCAUUUGUUCUCUGUUUCCUUCUGCUCUAUUCCACCAUAGUUUGCAUCAGGGUGACACAGACUCUUUUAAACGUGCGUCUUAUUGUUUUCCGCAUGUCCAGGCUUGAUCUCUAUGGUUCAGUGACCCAACUGACUCAGAACCAGGUCCCUGUAGGGACCUUUAGAACCUACAGUACCUCAUCUACAAUUUUCAAUGUGGUCUAUUUACCAGCAGCACCGGCAUUUGCAUCUGUCCUUCAACGUUACUAUUUGGUGUAUAAAUGAGGAUCAGCCUUUCCUGACUGUGGGCAACAAAAACACACAAAGUCUAUUUGUUCCAUAUUCAGAGCAAACAUAUAAUAGUUACCUCAUAACCUUCACACAUGUUGACAGAAUCAGCCGAAGGUUUGUAGUCAUUGUGCAGGCGAAGCUGCUUCUUCUGUGGCCGGUGAACUAGAAACAGGUGAAACGCUCUGAGUCGAUGAGCGGGCUUGUUGUUGAGGCCCAUGCUCCUCCGCUGACAAACAGGAGUCCCGUGUAGCUCACACUGGCAGGAAUGAGGCGGCCAUCUAUAUGAAGUCGUCCUCAGAACCAUGACAAUGAUGAUGUAAGCCUUGUAGCCCAACUCACCGAUAAACAGAUGAGCAUGACAAAGCUAGAAACUGGUGCCAUUCCUGUGAAAGCACCUCAUCUGACUCCACCUUGUUCUGUGUAUAAGAACAAAUAUAAGACGAGAUGUGAACAUAUGAAUCGUCAUUAUGUGAAGCUGUUACUUUACUCUUCUGUUGAGAAUGUAGAUGUUUAUCUGAAGUAGGAGUGUGCUUCGUUAACGGUGUCUUUGUGGAGGACGAGCUGUUGGAUGUGUGUCUGUGUGGCGUCGCUUGUCUCUUGUAAAGCUCUUCUCUUCGUGCCAGGUUCAUGAAUGAAUGUAGUCCUAGUGUCAGUGCAGCUCCGCCACGCACACAGACACACAGCGUACACAACAGACCAGCUCACAUCACUUUUAUUUUUUUGUAUAUGGAAAUAAACAAAUCCUUGAAAUCC